GAAGAGAAAAGAGCGAGAGAGAGGAAGAGAGAGAGAAAGAGAAAGGGCGACUAGGAACCGAAGAAGCACUCCCACCGUGGGUGCCUGCCACCAUGGGAGCCUUGCAUCACUUGCCCGAGCCGUUGCUUCGUCCAUGGGCCAUGUCGUGAUCCGUGGGCACCGCCAGCGGGAUUUCUGUCAGUGAUCCUAGCCGCCAAAGAGAGGAGGAGAAGAUGUCCGCCUCGGUGGGCCCUCCGGGCGGCGCGCGUCCACCCGUCGUGCCGGCGUCCAUGCCCGAACCGGACCUGAGCCAUCUGACGGAAGAGGAGAGGAAGAUCAUAAUGGCCGUGCUAGCUCGACAGAAGGAGGAGGAGGAGAAGGAAGAGGCCAUGUUAAAGGAGGAGAAGCCCAUCCAAGCAAGAACUGUGAACCUGGUUGGGCAGAAGAAGCCACAGCAAAACGAUGUCCGAGGUAUCCAGCAGCAGAUGUCGAGCUACAGGGAGACGGUGCGGCGGGUGGGGGAGGAGACGCGCCGGCAGACCACCACGGGCCAGCACCGGGACGACGCUCCCACCUGUGGCAUCUGCCACAAGACCAAGUUUGCUGACGGCUGUGGCAGCCUCUGCUCUUACUGCCAGACCAAGUUCUGCGCCCGUUGCGGAGGGAGGGUGUCCUUACGCACCAACAGUGAGGACAAAGUGGUGAUGUGGGUGUGUAAUAACUGCCGUAAGCAGCAGGAGAUCCUCACUAAGCCAGGGGAGUGGUUCUCAGGUCCAGGGAAGCCAGGUCUAGGCUCAGGCAUCAGUGACCCGGCCAUGUGUGGCCUGAACCCCGGUGACAAGAAGCUCCGUUCCCACUUCCAAGUCCCCCUGGGGCCCCUCGACCCCAAUCACCCCGGUGACCCAGGACUGGCACCCGGGAUGGACCCCCGCUCACGUAGCGAGCCGCCGAGAAAGCCGGGCGAUCAGAACAUUAAAGGUCGAGGUGAGCGUCGGCCGGGUCACCCCAGACUCCAUACCCAGGUGUCAGUGGACCGGGACCAGUGGGAGCGCGAGCGGAGGGAGGGCCGGCGGCUGAGUAAGGGCCGCUCUCUGGAACAUGAUCCUGUGGGAGUGGGGGUCCCCCGAUGGACAGAGGAGGGCUACCACAUAGACCCCAACGCCCCCCGACAUUUAGCCCAGCCCCAGCCAGGGGAGCCACUGGGGGGCAGGCACCCUCUACAGCCCCAGGGGCGAGGCAGGGGGGUUGGGAUGGGGAUUGGGUUUGAGAGUGUUGGGGGCAUUGGGGGCCAGCCCGAGGCUAUGCUGGGCCAGAGGACGGUGGUGGGAGGCACUAGGGGGCCACAGGGCCUCGGCCCUCCACAGCUCCAGCCCCCAGAACUCAGGGAGCCCCCUAGGACAGCCCCAGGCCCCGGUCAGGAUCCCCUCCUGCGCCGGUCCAAACGGGACAAGGCUGAGAGCAUGCUGCGCAAUGAUUCGCUCAGCUCGGACCAGUCAGAGUCUCUGCGGCCGCCCCCGCCACGGCCGUACAAGUCAAAACGUGGCGGUGCCGGGAAGAGACAGACAUCUGUCAGCAGCUCAGAGGAAGAGGGAGGGACCACGCCGGAGUAUAGCAGCUGUGAGGACGCAGAGAUUGAGAGUGUCAGCGAGAGAGGUGGGAGAGGUAAGAGGAGAGGGGACUGGGAGUGCUACCCGCUGGACCCCACUGUGUGGCAUCAUCCGGUGACAUGGCAGCCGUCCAAAGAGGGUGACCAUCUAAUUGGCCGAAUCACCCUGAGCAAGAGGAGUGCUAUGCCCAAAGAGGCCGGAGCACCGCUGGGGCUGAAGGUGGUUGGGGGAAGGGUCACAGAGGCGGGCAGACUGGGAGCCUUCAUCACUGUAGUCAAGAAGGGCAGUCUGGCCGACAUCGUGGGACACCUUCGAGCAGGGGAUGAGGUUCUGCAGUGGAACGGCAAGAUGUUGCCAGGAGCAACCCAGAAAGAAGUUUAUAAUAUCAUUCUCAAUUCUCAAGCAGAACCUCAAGUGGAACUGGUGGUGUCCCGGCCCAUUGGUGAUAUCCCAAGAAUCCCAGACACGUCCCACCCUCCAUUAGAAUCUACAGGUUCCAGUUCAUUUGAGUCCCAGAAGAUGGAGCGGCCAUCUAUAUCGGUCAUGUCCCCCACCAGUCCCAGUACACUUAGAGACCACCCACAGCUAAUGCCUGGACAGCUUGCAGUACUGCCCGGACAACUUUUAGUCAAGCUGUGGUAUGAUAAGGUGGGACACCAGCUGAUUGUGAACGUGGUACAGGCUACAGAGCUGCCUCCCCGCCCGGAUGGGCGACCCAGAAACCCCUACGUCAAAAUGUACUUCCUGCCAGACCGAAGCGAUAAGAGCAAGCGGAGGACUAAGACAGUGAAGAAGAGUGGAGAGCCAAAGUGGAACCAGACGUUUGUGUACUCCCACAUCCACCGCAGAGACUUUCGCCAACACAUGCUAGAGCUGACCAUGUGGGACCAGCCUCGCUUACCUGACGAGAAUAGCAUGUUCAUGGGAGAGAUCCUAAUAGAGCUGGAGACAGCCCCGUUGGAUGACAAGCCUCACUGGUACAAGCUGCAGACCCACGACGUGUCGUCUAUCCCCCUGCCCUGGCCAUCCCCUUACAUGCCCCGCAGAAACACAGACACACCCAGCAAGAAGCUGCAGCGUUCUCAGCGUGUUAAAGAGCCUGAGUACGAUGACACUGGACCUAUGUCUAAAGCUGCCGAGAGGGGUUCGCGGGAGAGGGGGAGGCAGCAGAAGGAUCCCCACGCCACCACUCUGGAGGUGCCGGAGCAGAAGAGGACACCCCAGCAUCGCUCUCGAUCUGUCUCUCCUCACAGAGAGGAACAGGGCAGGGGGCGAUCACGACCCGCCAAUGUCCCCACCCAGAGGAGUUUGGAUGAUGAGAUCCACCAUAGUAGGAGGUCUCGUUCUCCCACCCGCUACUACGACUCUACCAGAGGACACUACCAGGAGCAGGACUAUGUAGAUGACAGUGAGGUCAUCCUGAUCCACCAGUCAAUGCGAGGCAAAAGUGCAGAAUGCCUACACACUGAAAGGGGCUCUCCUAGACACAGUACCAUACUACCCCCUAAGAUGCCUCUCUUAGUCAAUGGCAUCCACAAGGACAUUUACAGUGAUCUACAUACCUCUCUGGACAGGGUUAAGACUAGGAGUGCUAGCACCAACUGUCUGAACCCAGAAAGGAACCAUAGUGUUCCUUCACCAGAUCCCCAAAGCUGCUCCCAGUCUCUGCCCCGCAGACGCCCCGCCAGCCCCAGGAUUCUAAUCCAACACGCCUCCCCAGAAGAUGACAGCAAAUGGAUGAUGGAACCUCUAGUACCUAGACAGGAGACAGUUAACCACCUCAGUGCAAAGAAGAGGCAAACUCGGAGCCUGGACUCAUCCACCUGUCACACUCUGGGCAAGAAGCUCCCUGACAACGACAGGGGCCACCUCCAAGGUGGUGCGUCUCUGUCCUCCUCAGUGAUGUCCUCGUCAGCAACUCGCAGGGUCAGACAACUCCCACAGGUCCCAGACAAGAGCAGCAGCCCCGUAGAGCAAGCCCUAGCAGCAGAGGAGCGUGUUCGUCAGCUCCAGAUGAAGGUGCAGCAGAGGGACUCCUAUAGGAGUUCUGCUGCUCCGUCCACUUCUAGCAGGGACGUGGAGAGGGUGCUCAAGAGCAAACGCGAGGUCAGUCACCUGUCACUUGAGCUGUAUAAGGACCAGAGGAGAACCAGCUGUGAGAACGUAUCCCGCAAGUCUUCAGACAGUGAUGUCAGCGACGUGUCAGCCAUCUCUCGCACCAGCAGUGCCUCCCGCAUCAGUAGUACCAGCUACAUAUCCAUCCAGUCAGAGAGACCCCGGGGACGCUUCAACAAGGCGAUGCGUGCGUCAGGCCGCAGCAUGUUGAAGAGCACCAGUGUGAGUGGUGAGAUCUAUGGCAUUGAGCACACGGACGGCAGCCAAUCAGAUACAGCAUUGGGCGGGGGCAAGAAGCGGCGCUCCAGCCUCAGCCAACGGGUGGUGGCCAUUGUAGGCCUGCCCUCCAGACGCAGCUGCAGCACCUCACAGCUCACCUCCCAGAAAGCAGUUGUGGUGGAUACUAAGAAGAAGGGCAAAAAAAAGAACAAAAUUCAGAUCCAGCGGAGUACAGAGGUGGGCAUGGCUGUAGAGUACCCCCGCUCUGCCAUGAACCGCCAGGCCAGCAGAGACUCCACUGACGGGAGCAUGAACAGCUACAGCUCUGAGGGGAAUCUAAUCUUCUCGGGGAUGAGGCUGGGGGUUGACAGUCAGUUCAGUGACUUCCUGGAUGGCCUUGGCCCCGCCCAACUGGUGGGCCGGCAAACGUUAGCCACACCCGCCAUGGGAGAUGUUCAGAUCGGAAUGAUGGACAAAAAAGGCCAGCUAGAGGUGGAGGUGAUUAGAGCACGUGGCCUUACCCCCAAACCAGGGUCCAAAUCACUCCCAGCACCCUAUGUCAAGGCCUACCUGCUGGAUAACGGAGCCUGUAAAGCCAAAAAGAAAACCAAGAUUGCACGUAAAACCCUGGAGCCACUCUACCAGCAGGCCCUGCUGUUUGAGGAAAGCCCACAGGGGAAAGUCCUCCAGGUAAUAGUCUGGGGCGACUACGGGCGACUGGAUCACAAAUGCUUCAUGGGGGUUGCACAGAUCCUAUUGGAGGAGCUGGACCUCUCCAGCACAGUGAUUGGCUGGUACAAAUUGUUUCCUCCUUCCUCAUUGGUGGACCCUACCUUAGCCUCGCUAACGCGGCGGGCAUCCCAGACAUCCCUGGACAGCUCAGGACCAGCUGGUAUGCGCUCUUAGUGACCACAACGCAACCACAACCCCAAAUGGACAACAACCAAUGGACCACAACUGACCAGAGUGCAUGACCACAUCCCUAGGGCCAAGAUAAACCUUAAGCAAAUCAAAGCCAGACAGAUAGAGAUAUACAGAGAAAGAGAGGGAGAGCGAGAACUAGCCAAUCAAAGUUUAGCUGAAGUCAGACAAUCAUUUCCCAUGCCUCCCUCCUUCUGUCUUCUCUCCUUUCUCUGGGCUGCUAGGCCUUGCUCCUGAGUCUCACCUCUUCUAUUUCUCAUCCCUCCUUUUUAUGUAUCCAUCCUCCUCCUCUCUGACAUCUCCUGUUUUGUCCCCUCUUUCUCCAUUCCUCCUCUCCCUCUGUUGAGUGUGUUAUGGCUUGUGCUCCUGAGAUUGAAGGGACUCAUGCAGCCCACUCUGUUAGGGGGCACAAGGGAUGUCAGCCCAGGCUGGGUGUAGCCGAUCAGUGAAUAGGUUAUUGUGAGGCCAUAAAGAGUGUGCAGGAGACAAAGGGAAAAGGUUGAAGAUACCCUGCCGACAGCUGCCCAUCAAAAUGUGUUUCAGCAUUGAGGUCGUCAUGGCAUUGCUAUAUCUGUGAGGAUUGGCGUGAUUGCACAACCUGUUAGGGGAGGGAGACUGCACAGGUGAAGACAAUACUUGUUCUAAGAUCAAAGCAAACACAAAAGCUUGAUUCUUUUUCAGACAACAAAUGGUUGCGAAAGAGAAAAAAAGGGCCAAAUUAUGGUUAGAUCUAUUUUAUUCCAUAUUCUAUUUGCCUAGAGUUGAGAAUGUUGAGAAUGUGGUGCAGACUCCCUGUGUGCAUAUUUGGUUUCGAGUGACGGUGGUCUGCAGACCAGCAGAGGUCUCGUCACCCCCGGCGAGUGUGGCGGGCGCAGCAUGACUCGGGACCCCGGCCCAAGCUGCAUGCACAUUUUUUUGUAAAACAAAAGCCAGACGAAUUACUUAAAAAGAGACUAGACUAAAUGUGUGUUAGUUCCACAUACUUUAGGCCAGCUUGUAUGUUGCAUGUACUUGUACAGUUUGCUCGUACUGAAUAUGAAUACAAACAGAAAAGCCAUCCGCCAUCCAAGGGCGGACACCGGGGGAAUAAGCUCCGCCCAGGCCACACCUCCCACUCUGCGUAUGAAUAUCCAUAUUAGGAAGUCUCCAAAAGACUUUUUUCUUUUCUUGUGUUCCUUUUGAACCCUUUGGAGAACAGUGCUGUAUCGUAGUACUGAGCAAACUGACUAUCUGAGGAGCUAGGUGUUUUAACUAUAGUCUUUGGCAGUGGGGCUAGGUAGAGAAUGUGUGUAUAAAAACAGAGAUUAAUGUAUAUGAAGUAUAAUUAUGACAUAAAUGAUAAAAGAUAUAGAUAUAUAUGAUUAUCAAAUGAGUGUAUCUGACUAUACAACUAUCACUUAUAAACACACACACACGUUGUAAAUAUGAGUCAGGGGGACGAUAUUUACACACACAAAACGAUCCAAACAUUCCUAGUCCUAUGGAAACAGAUCUGAGCCCCUCGCCCUGUGCUUUGAGAGCCGCUGAGCGGUGCCCAACCACAAGGGGGAGCCAGCAGACCUUUCAGUUUCUCCUCAUAGCAGCCAAAACCAACAUGACUAUUUGCAACACAUGCCACCUUGUUUCUUUAACUGCAAAACUUUAAUCCCCGUAUUUGAUCAUGGUUUGGACUGAAUUGAAAAACCCAUAAAGGUUUUGUUAGCUGACGUUUUAGUUGAACCUCUUGCGGUGCGGCCCACUGCCCUUUCCUUUGUCGGUAUUACUCCACGAUACUGAUUGUUUACAGUCCAUGAGUUUCCACUCAAAACACCAUAUCUAGGAAAGAAGUAUUCACUUCAACAUUUCUUGUUUGUAUAACAGAUGUGGCUCUACUGAUGUGUAUGUUUUAUAUUCAAGAGUUCAUUUUUAUUAUUUACAAAUAAAAGACUGUGGAAGAAAAUGGUG